AUGAAGAUCAUUGUGAAGAUUUUUUUCAUCCAUGCAAUAUCCAGAAUUCGAAUAACAAUCCACACAAGAUCAACACUGCCGGUCAAAACAAAGGAGGCCUCUCAUCCUGGCAACAACUCUUUGUAUGGAAAUCACAUUCAGAAUGUUCCAUCCAUGUAUCCAACUUCUGUUACGUACACUACUGGAGGGUCAACUUCUCCAGUCUAUUAUUCGAAUUUCCCAACUCAACCAACAUCGAAUUAUUACGCCCAGAAUCAAGUUGGAGGUCAAAACCAUCAUGAAUAUACAGGAAGCAUCAGUAGAUCAACAAUGAUGAACAAUUCAAACAUGGUGUCACCAACCACCACCACUACAAUGAGCACAAAUCAUGGAGUACAACUUCCAACCUUAGUUGUCAUGUCUUUUAAUGUAUUGGCAGAUUGCUAUGUGAGCGAUGAACGGUAUGAGCACAUUUCGAAUAAGAAUUUCUUAAAGUGGCAAAAUAGAAAGUCAAAAAUUUUUCACACACUGAAGGAUCGACCUUAUGACAUCAUUGGAAUUCAAGAAAUUGAUCAAAAUCACAAAAAGGAGUUUUCAGAUUUUGCAUCCAACCAUGGAUACACCAUCUUGAUCAGAGACAAACUUCCAAGAAAAAAGGAUAGUAUUGCGAUCAUGUUCAAAACGAGUCGAUUCGGACAGCCAAUUGGACAAGGAAGUGAACAAAUUAUUGAGGGAUACCCAGAAGUGUUUCAAUACGUUCUAUUGAAGGAUCCUCUCUCUAAUUCAUUAGUUAUUGUUAUGAAUUGUCAUUUGACUUUCCAAAGAGACGCAAUUACUCCAAGAGAAAAUCAAGUGAAAAGGAUGGUCGGAGUUUUAAAAGAUCUUCAUUCAAAACAUAAGCAGUAUUCAACGAAUAGAAUUUCGGUUCUUUUGCUCGGUGAUUUCAACACUCAACCUCAUGAGAGUCCUGUGAAAUUUAUGGAAAAUAGCAUGUUGCAAAGAGCACACCAAGAUCGACCUGAUUUUUGGACCUUUUCAACCUCACACCAAGGUGUGUGA